GACUGUACAGUAACUCCAUUUAAAAAAAAAGAAAUGAGAUUUGCCUGGCAUGACUUGUUUUUAAGGUAUAAAUGAAAUGAAAGGGAAAACACAGCUUUUGUGAUAUGGUAGUCUGCACACCUGUAAGUUUACAUUAUCUGAAGAAGAGAAAGACCUUGCAGAGCAAGCGCAGACCUGCAUGUAAAGUAAACUGUAUGAGUCAUUUAACAAUGCCUUUUGAAUGCUGAUGGUUACCCGAAAUACAUUAGGAAGAGGUGGAGGCAAACCAAUAGGUGCCAAAUCAAUUUUAUCUUUGUAAGCAAAGUGUUCCUCUAUGUCAAGUUUCGAAGUCUCUAGGCUUCAUGUUCAAGAGACAUUAAACUCAACGCCAGCUUGAAAACUGCUCUACCCUAUCUCCACCCCCUUCCGUGUCCCUGGUCGGUGAGGCAUAUUGUACGUGUUGCCUGUGGGGCAGCGUCUUCCCGCUCUAGCGCCUGGGAACGUGCACCUGCUGCCUUUUCUUUUAAUUAUUAAUCUGAGGGCAGAAGAGCUUUGCCGGUGCUCUGCCGCUCCUCCGUUCAUAGAACAUGAGACGCUCCAGGAAAACAGCGCUGCGCAAUGUCAAGCGAGCGAGCCGGAGGAGGCGGGAGUGGGAGCCAGCGAGAGGCGCGUGAGCAGAGCCAUUGUCAAUAUGCUAGCGAAGGGGGGAAGGGCGAGAAACGCGAAGCCUUGGGAAGAACUGCGGGGGGACGACUACGACGACGCGGAGAUCUGCCCAAGCGUCAGCCUUUCUCCCUCAACUCUCAGACUUGAGGCUCCGCCUUUCAAUUGAUUGACAAAAAGGCCAGCGUUUCAGAUUCGGCGUUUGGGCGGGCUCAAUGGUGAAGGGCGAAAAGGCGGGACGAAGUCUAGCCAACGGUGACGAAUGUAAGAGCGAAGGGCGGGGAUACAACCUGAAUGACAGCUCAGGAGAUAAACAAGCUUCAGCGCGAGACCCUCAAUCGACCGACCUCGGCCGUACCCGGUACCCCGCCUGGCCGCCUCGCCGCUUAAGAGUGUGACUGCGAGUCAUUGUUCUGCAGGCGGACAAACGAAGCAAAGAGAGACUCCGCCGUCUCCCUUCUAAGCAACCGUCUGACUCUCCCGCCACUGCCCGGCAACGUGAAGACUCAGCAACUUCCCACCACCCGCUCAGCAAUAACCGGGGAGCGGGUUGCAAUGCGCAGGCGCACACACGCUUCGGUGCUGCAAGCGACGCCGGGAACUGUAGUCUCCGCUUCCUCAACCUUCCCCAGACGCCUUCGAGCUCGCGCUUCCUCCGAUACUACCAAGCCCAGAAUCCCUUGCGACCCUAACUAUUGGAAGCCCUAGUUGAAGCGGGUGGCGGCGGAGCGGACUCCCCCCCCCCCAAAAAAAAACCCAAAACAAGGAAAUGGUGCCCAGUGCGGUGGCUUCGUGUCCCUGACGCUCGCGCGGCCGCUGGUCCCGCCGCCUCAUCCCGCCCUCCCUGCGGCCGCCCCUUCCAUGGGUGAGAGACAUGGACUACGAGUUCAAAUCCAAGCUGGCGGCCGAGCGCGAGCGGGUGGAGGAUCUGUUCGAGUACGAGGGGUGCAAAGUCGGCAGAGGCACCUACGGGCACGUCUUCAAAGCGCGGCGCAAGGACGGCAUAUUAUCAAGUUCCAUCGUGCCUCAAAAGCAAACAAGAAACCCAUGCAGUUGCCAAGAUCUAUGGUGAAAUCACUACUUUAUCAGAUUCUUGAUGGAAUUCAUUAUCUUCACGCAAAUUGGGUGCUUCACAGAGACUUAAAACCAGCAAAUAUUCUGGUAAUGGGAGAAGGUCCUGAAAGAGGAAGAGUUAAAAUUGCUGAUAUGGGCUUUGCACGGUUAUUCAACUCACCUCUUAAGCCACUUGCAGAUCUGGAUCCAGUCGUGGUGACGUUCUGGUACAGAGCCCCAGAAUUGUUACUUGGUGCAAGGCACUACACAAAGGCCAUUGAUAUAUGGGCCAUUGGCUGCAUAUUUGCUGAGCUAUUGACUUCAGAACCUAUCUUCCACUGUCGUCAGGAAGACAUCAAAACAAGCAAUCCUUUUCAUCAUGAUCAACUUGAUCGCAUAUUCAGUGUAAUGGGAUUUCCUGCAGAUAAAGACUGGGAAGACAUUAGGAAGAUGCCAGAAUAUCCUACACUUCAAAAGGACUUUAGGAGAACAACGUAUGCCAAUAGUAGCCUCAUAAAAUAUAUGGAAAAACACAAAGUUAAGCCUGAUAGCAAAGUAUUUCUUUUGCUUCAAAAACUUCUCACUAUGGAUCCUACAAAAAGAAUUACCUCAGAGCAAGCUUUGCAGGAUCCCUACUUCCAAGAGGACCCACUGCCUACGUCAGAUGUUUUUGCUGGCUGCCAGAUUCCUUACCCAAAACGAGAAUUUCUCAAUGAGGAUGAACCUGAGGAGAAGGGGGAUAAGAAUCAACAGCAGCAGAACCAACAUCAGCAACAAACAGCACCUCAGCAGCAAGCAGCACCUCAGCAGCAGCAGAACAGCACCCAGACAAAUGGAACUACAGGGGGAGGUGGAGCAGGAGGUGGCGGAACUGGGGCAGGUCUCCAGCAUAGCCAGGACUCCAGCCUCAACCAGGUGCCUCCAAAUAAGAAACCACGCAUAGGGCCUUCAGGCACUAAUUCAGGCGGGCCUGUCAUACCUUCAGAUUAUCAGCACUCCAGUUCACGCCUGAGUUACCAAAGCAACAUUCAGGGAUCUUCUCAGUCCCAGAGUACAAUGGGCUAUUCUACAUCAUCUCAGCAGAGCUCUCAGUACCAUCAGUCUCACCAGUCGCACCGAUACUGAGGAGAGCACAUAGACGGUGUUAGAAAGGAAUGAACUAGCAGUUGGCGGACUCCAGCAAUAUGAAGUUCAUAACCAUGAGAAGAACCAAAAAUGCAAAACUGUGAUGCAGAUUUUAAAGUUAACAAUUAUAAAAGGAGAACUUUUAUUAACUAAUUGUUUUGAGACAAGAGACCUUUUUAUCCUUUUUUUUUGCCAUAAAGGAGAUUCUUGUGAAGUUUCCCCUCAGCUUGCUUUCGCAUGCGUUCCAUUGUGGUUACUCGAAUGAAACCGUCUGAUCCUAACCCAGCACUUAAACUUCUUUAACCUAUGGAAUUUUUGAAGGAUUCCUGGUGCACCUUUCUUGUGUUGUAGUAAUUGCCAUAAAUCUUAUCUUUUUCAAAUCCCUUUACCAGGAUUUUAAAGUUUUGAAACCUUGAACUCCCAGGCUUUUCAAGCUUGUAUAUAGUUAGUUUUUUACUAGGCAAACCCGUUUAGCUAUACAGGUAUAAUGCACCUUUUAAAAGCACUAUGUUAUUUUCACAGGAUAUUACUGUUUUGCUCAUGGAUGUCAAGAACAGCAGAUUUUACUGUUCCAGAGUAUUUUAUUAUUCCCUUUUUUAUUAGUCUAGUUUUCAGAUGAGGUCUUUAAAAAAAAAAAGAAGAGGAAAAGAAAAGAAAAAUAUACAACCCAAGUCUCUGCAGCAACUAUUACAUGUUAUGUGUUUGGAUUGAACACCAAACAGAAGAUUAUGAAUGUUUGUUUUUAUUAUUCAAAUGAACUCCCAUAGAUCAUUUGCCAUUAUCUUCCAAGUGGGUUGACCUAAGCUUUGCUUUAAAUUAAGGCAUAACAGUGAAGUGGAAGGCAAACUCUUCUGUGGCUCCAGUAGGACAAGAGUAUGCUAUGGUGUCUUCUCUAGUAGUUUUUCGUACAUGCAAUGGUGUCUUCUCCCAUGUUUAUCAGUUUUUCGGAACUCUGCCCUAGGAGUUUAGCAUCAACUAGAAAAAGGGCAAACAAGGAGACUGUGCUACUACUUUGGGGGGCUGUCAAGUGGGACAGAGCAUCUUUUUAGCAUAUUGUUUUACCUUCUAAGUUUUGCUUGUUUCUGAUGAAGCUUUCCUUUGCUAAAUGUGGAUGGUUCUGUAACUUGCAGCAAAAAAGGGCAAAAUGUGCUGUGGCACCUUAAGAGACUAGCACAUUUGUGGCAUGAACUGCUGCCAACUUGCAGGACACUUGCAAUCAUGAACCUGGACAAGCCAUUUUUAUUUUUUACUAUUGCUAACCUUCAUUAUCCAUUUGAACCAGAUCAAAUAUUGAAGUUGUUGAG